GUUUUACUGUCAGUGGUGUUCAUGUAUUUUACUGUCAGUGGUGUUCAUGUGUUUUACUGUCAGUGGUGUUCAGCAUUGUUCACCACAUAAUUGGCUUUAAGGUUUGUUUGAACCAUUUGCCCCAGUUUAUAAAGUCCACCCACGCCUAUUUUAUACAUCUGACACAUGAACUUGACCUUCAUUAUGAAUUUGAUGGUUUGUAUUUGAACCCCUGUUUAAAUCUAAAAGUCAGAUUUGAUGAUAAGAAAUAUACAGGCUAGGCGUCCAUGGUCGUCCGCAAAUUGGGAGUCAUGUUUGGUAACACACUGACCGCGUCAGUAAACACCGCACAUAGUUUCAGAGUUUCGUGUUCACAGGGCAACCUCUUUGUUUCAGACUUUCAUAGUUUCAUGUUCAGGGCAGCCUUUAGUCGUCAGGUGAAACAGAAAUGGAAAAUGCAUACCUCAUUCAAUCUGUGGUAUAGGCUUAAACUGAAGGUUGGAAAUGUUCUUAUAUCAUUACUCUCCCAAUUUAUAAUAUAAGAUAGCGCUAUUUAGUUACUCUCCUUUUUAAGACUUUAUAUUUAUCCUGAAUGUGAUCUCUAAAUAUAAAGCAGACCUGUAUACCACCAGAUCAUUCAGGUCCAUGCUCUUUAACUGUAUUUUAUAUCUGAACCCGGUUACAGUCUCAAAUGACAUCCUGAUUCCUGACACCAAGAAAAACUCCCCAAACCAGACAGAAGAAACCCAGACCAGCCAAAAUAAUAAAAAGCCCAGCUUUGAAUUAUAAUGUAAAGCCGGUUUAAUAAAGCAGGAGGCUAUAGUCCCAGCUGAGGAGUGGAUCAGGGCAGACAGAAGACUCUGGUCCCAGCUGAGGAGUGUGGAUCAAGGAUACGGAAGACUCUGGUCCCAGCUGGGGAGUGGAUUAGGGCAGAUAGGAGCUUCUGGUCCCAGGUGAGGAGUGUUGAUCAGGAGAAGAAUGUGGUCCCAGAGGAAGAGUGCGGAACAGGACAGAAGCAGCCUUUGGUCCAGCUGAGGAGGGUGGAUCAGGUCCCAGCUGAGGAGUGUGGAUCAGCUGAGGAGUGUGGAUCAGGUCCCAGCUGAGGAGUGUGGAUCAGAUCCCAGUUUAGGAGGUGGAUCAGGGAGACAGGAGCAACCAGUCGUAGUCCCGCCCAGAACACAAGCCCUGGCGUCUAAGGGGGCCUGCAGUACGGAUUUCGCUUUUCCCGUUUUUUUGUCCCAAAUAGUUGACCCAAAAUGCCUUGUUUGCACAAAUUCCAAAUGCGGACUAAAUCAGAAGAACUUCUAUUUCAAGAACAACUGAAACAAGUGGCAAUGGAGAACGGGAGGCGGCUAGGCCUGGAGGGAGACGGGGACCUGAAGUUCCUUCUGACAGGUGGGACCCUGGUUAAGGUCCGCUCCACGUCCUGGCAAAAGAGCCGCUACUACAAGCUCCAGGAGGACUGCAAGACCAUGUGGCACGAGUCCCGGAGAACUUUCAAGCCAAAGCAGACCUUCACCGUGGAGGACAUCGAGUCCCUGCGCCACGGCCGCCUUUCGGAGGGCCUCCAGAAGUACACGCACCCCAGCGCAGAGGACCGCUGUUUCUCCAUCCUCUUCAAAGACCACCACAAGCACCUGGACCUGAUGGCCGCCUCGGCAGAGGACGCCAGGAGGUGGGUCAGCGGCCUGGAGAAGUUGGUCAGCAACAUGAGGAGCCUCAGCCGGCAAACGAAGAGCGAGCACUGGAUUUUCAACUGCAUGCGAAAAGCGGAUAAGAAUGAGGACAACAAGAUGACCUUGAAGGAGCUGAAGCACUUCUUGCGGCAGAUCAACGUGGAAGUGGACGACGCGUAUGCAGAGGAACUCUUCAAGAAAUGUGACAAGUCCAAGUCGGGUUCGCUGGAAGGCCCGGAGAUCAAGCACUACUAUGACCUGCUGACGCACCGGGAGGAGAUCGACGUGAUGUUCAAGAAGUACGCCAACUCCGAGGGCCACAUGAGCGCCCGCGACCUCCUCACUUUCCUGCUCACCGAGCAGAGGGAGCAGGUCGGCCUGGGCCAUGCCGUCACACUCAUCAACAAGUACGAGAUGGAUGAGACAGCCAAGCAGACGCAGCACAUGACCAAAGAUGGCUUCCUGAUGUACAUGCACCACGAGGACGGGGCGGUGCUGAACCCGGCCCACAGUGCAGUGCACCAGGACAUGGGCCAGCCCCUCAACCACUACUACAUCUCCUCCUCCCACAACACCUACCUGACUGCAGACCAGCUGAAGGGGCCCAGCAGCACCGAGGCCUACAUACGGGCCCUGAUGAAGGGCUGUCGCUGCGUGGAGCUCGACUGUUGGGACGGGUCGAGCGGGGAGCCCGUCAUCUACCAUGGCUACACCCUCACAUCCAAAGUGCUCUUCAGAGAUGUCAUCAAGGCCAUCAAAGACUACGCCUUCAAAACCUCAGAGUACCCGGUGAUCCUUUCCCUGGAGAACCACUGCACGGUGCCCCAGCAGAAGCUGAUGGCCCACCACAUGGCCUCCAUCCUGGGGGAGGCGCUGGUCACCACACCCGUCUCCAGCACCAUGCCCACCCGCUUCCCCUCCCCCGAGGAGCUGAAGGGAAAGUUCCUCAUCAAAGGAAAACGUCUGAACAAACUGAACGCCGUGUUCAGCAACAACAACUCGGCUGAGGUGGACAGCGUGUCAGAGGAGGACGAGGCCGGCGACAGCAAGGAGAACGGAGACAAGGCCAAGCCAAAGAAGGCCAAGAUCCAGCUGGCAAAGGAGCUGUCCGACAUGGUCCUCUACUGCCGGAGUGUCCACUUCGGUGGCUUCGAGCACGCCAAGGACUCGCAGGCCUUCUACGAGAUGUCCUCCCUGAAGGAGAGCAAGGCCUUCAGCCUGGCAGACACCUCCGGCCCCGCCUUUCUCCAUCACAACAUGGACAAGCUGACCAGGAUAUACCCGGCAGGCUCUAGGACCGACUCAUCCAACUACAACCCUGUGCCCAUGUGGAACACGGGAUGCCAGAUCGUGGCGCUCAACUUCCAGACAACCGGCAAGGAGAUGGACCUGAACCAGGGCCGCUUCCUGGCCAACGGCGGGUGUGGCUACGCCCUGAAGCCCGAGUUCCAGAGGGACCCCUCGUCCCAGAUGAACCCCAGCUCCCUCUCCAAGGGGCCCUGGCUGCAGAAGAAGAUGUUCCACGUCAUGGUGAUCUCCGCCCAGCAGUUGCCCAAAGUGAACAAGGAGAAGCACAAGUCCAUCGUGGACCCGCUGGUCAGGGUGGAGGUGUGUGGUGUGGCUGCUGACAACGCCAGCAAGGAGACCAAUCACAUUGAAAACAAUGGCUUCAACCCCAUGUGGAACGAGAGCUUCAGGUUCCUGGUCCACGUCCCUGAGCUGGCCAUGGUGCGCUUCCUGGUGGAGGACUACGACUCCACGUCCCAGAAUGACCUGGUUGGCCAGUACUGCCUCCCCCUGACAAGCGUCCAGAAUGGAUAUCGUCACGUUCCCCUACUGACCAAGAGAGGGGACGUCAUCUCCUCUGCUGGGCUGUUUGUCCACCUCAUGCUGCUGGACACCAAGUAGAGCAGGAGCCAUGGAGCCCACAGCCAGAGUCUGCCUUAUCCUUACCCAGGAGCCAUGGACCUCACAGCAAGAGUCUGCCUGAUCCUUACCAAGGAGCCAUGGACCGCACAGCCAGAGUCUGCCUGAUCCUUACCAGGAGCUAUGGACCACACAGUCUGCCUGAUCCUUACCAGGAGCCAUGGACGAAAAUGGCCUGACCCUUAAUGCCACACCCUCCCAUCGCCAUGUCCUUUAUAACCCAGUCGCUAGCUUUGGUUAUUUUCUUUCGUUUUCGUAUCUUUUAAAUUGAAAUUGUAUUAUUUUACUCAGCAAUAGUAAUAAUUAUGAAAUAUAAAACAAGUGGUGUUCUACGAUAGCUUUUUAAAAUGUUAACUCUUCAUUUUAUUGUUUAAAUUCAGCACUUUGGCGAGGGUAAAGCAGAGAACGCAUAAGAGGAGCCCGAUUUUAAACAGGAUUUAAAGAAAGGUGAGGAAACGUACGUGAGAGUGAGUGUGGAAGAAGAUUCUCUCUCAGGCCAUUAUAUUAUACAUAUAUAUUAUAUUAUCCAAAAGAAGUAUUGUCAGCAUAUCACUUAUGUAUUUAAAUGUAGUCUAUCUGAGUAGACCCAAUUUCCCAAUCUCUCUCUCCUGCCCUUUGACAGUGUUGUGUGUUUCAUGUUUUUACACUGCCAAAUAUGCCCGUCUUAGGCACGCCUUCUUCUUGGCAUGGUCUAUGCGUUUACACUGCCCAAGGUCAAUUGCCUGCUUGAGCUAGCACCCCAAUUUACCCUCCCAGACCCUGCACACAUUGGCGGUUUCAUUCUGAUGUAAAUGCAAUUAGACGGCUCAGAGGUUCCGGGGGGGGGCUGUUGCUGCACUUUCUCUACAAUAGAGACAACGCAGCAGCGAUAUCAACAUGAGUAGUUCUAACUGGAGAUACAGGGAAAUCCACAAGCUGCUGAUCUCAUAGGAGAUGCAGGUGAUGCAGUCACAUUUAACAAAGACGUUGAAAGAUGUGACGAUCUACAAGAAAGACGCAGAGGAACGUUCCUUACGAGGCUUUGUCGGGAUAAAAAACAAGUGGUUAGCAAAAUAAAGAAUAUGUUGGUGUUUUUGCACUUGUAAAUAGUUAAGCUCGUUUGUAGCCUACACUCAGACGUGAGCUCAUUCUUGCAUGCGGUUGUCUUCAUCAUAAAAAAGUAAAAACAUUCGAGAGUAUACAUUUAUUCUAAAGAGGUCUAGACUCCAUGCAUAGCCCCGCCUUCCCCAGUGAACCAAGAAAGCCGGUGCUGUGACGAACGGGGGAUUUUACCCCCUCGGUUUCACACAGGCAAGACGGUGAAAUUGCCGGGCGUGUCAAGCAGCGACCGGCUUUGCAGUGUCAAAAGGCCUGUGUUUCUUUGUUUUAAUGUAUUGCAAGCAGUGGCGAUUUUGGUAUGGAAACUCUGGUGGGGCCCAUGCAGGAAAAUAUUAUAACGCAAUCCAGAAAUACCACAUUUUACUACCAUCACAAAAAAAACAGUAGCAAGUGACAGAGGGGACCAAAAUUGCAGCUGAAUAAUGCCAUCACUCAAACGCGAAUCUGACGACAUAUAUUAGGCUAUUAUAGCAAUAGCACCACCAAAUGGCAGCGUUCAAGAUCUCACCAUAUCAAAACUCAAGAAAACAACAACGUGGCAACAAUAAAAACACAACGGCGCACACCCUUUACACAGCAAUCAAUAUACAAAGCCACCAGUCACAAUAUACCAAAAAAAUAAGAAGUAUGGUUUAAGUUGCAUUAAGUUUGCAGGCCACCAUACUGUACAAUUAACAAUGGAUCUAGCCUAAUACAGUGGUUGCCUAUUCAGACCUGGAUAAUCCUGGGUGAAAAUUUAAGUAAGUUUGGGCUAAGAUGGUAAUUACCUGUGCUUUAAGGACAGUGCUGUCUGGUCUCCUUUGUGUGGCUGAGGUGAAACACAAGCAUUUUUUUCCGCUUGAACCACUCCUGGUUAAACGAUCUAUUCUUGUCCUUUCCCUCUUGAAUAAUGAUUAAAUCCGUCGGGCGAUGUGGUCCCAAACGUUUUAUCUCCAACUUCUGUUCAAGUGCUAAAUCUCACAUGAGACAUACUCAACACGAUUCAUCAUUAAAUGAAUGAAACGUCCAUUUGUUGUUAUUUACUGUAACAGUAACUGUAGCCCCGCGUUCACACCAAAAGAUGCAUUUGCUGCCCGAACGCGCUGACGCCUGAGUUUUGCGGCGCAUCAAAUCAAGUUUUGCGGCGCGUCAAAGGUUUUGCGGCGCGUCAAAAGUUGAAAUAUUUCAACUCGAGCAGCAUUUGACGCGCCGCAAAAUACGUGAACGCGCCCUUCAUGCCGCGCCGCAAAUCAGAUUUUGACGCGCCGCAAAUCAAGUUUUGCUGCCCGUUUUCUCGGCAGCAAAUGCUGCGGCAGCAAAGCAGCAACGCGUCUCUACAUUCACUUUGAAUGGGAUCACGACGCGCGUCAACUUUUUGCAUCUUUUGGUGUGAACGCAGGGUAACAGUAACUACGUUAGCCAGCUAGCAAGAUCUGAUCGGCUCCUGCCGUAAACCCCGCCCUUUCUACAAAUCAGCCAAUGAGAAGAGCUUUGGGGCACUAAACUUCUGCAGCUGGUUGCACCAGCAGAAAGUAAGGUCCCACUUAGGCUACGUUGAACGUAAAUCACCCUAACGUUCGACUUUACACUCUACUAAAAAAAUAGCAGUUGCACCAAGCAGAUAGUUUCAACGUAACACUAAGGCCCCGUUCACACGAAGCCGAAACGGGCGAAACCGUUACGGUUUCGAUCUAUCCGGUUUAGAAGUAUCUCCAUAAAGACGAAGCCAAGCGAAACCGGGUAGAUCUGUAGAAACGCUGUAGUACACAUUCGAGGCCCAUAAGGGGCGCUGCUUCUGGUACAGAAAUCCAGAAGAAAUUAAAUAAGAAGAAGAGGCGAGCAUGCGCAUAAAGGCUGCCCUUAUGCGCAUGCUCGCAUGUGAUUUCUGAGACUCCGCGGGCUUAAGAGCCAUUGGCUAGGAGGUCGAGGGGUGGGGCGAUGACGUCAUGGUUUGCGGUUUCAGUCGGUUUCAGGCGUACACACGAAUCCAAAACGAAACCGGGUAGAUUUGAAACCACCUCCGAGGGUGGUUUCAGAAGUUUGCGGUUUCGGUCAGCGGAUUUGCCGGCUUCGUGUGUACGGAAGGCCGAACCGUACAAGACCUUUGCGGUUUCGCCAUGAAAUCGGCUUCGUGUGAACGGGGCCUAAGUUAUAACUUAUCUUUUACACCUCCCCUCUAGCUGGUGUAAGUUCCAUACUAACGAUAAAGAACCGUUAAAAGAAAAAAACGUAAAAAGAUUUCAACACUAAUGCAGGGUAAAGAUGGCUAUUCGUUUUGAGCAAUGCAUUGGGAAGAGGAGUUUCAACGCGGUUUGCGCCAGGAACGAAUUGUCCGUGACCGUAUCGAUCCAUUUCUUUAUUAUGAUGAUGUUGAAUUAUAUGCGCGAUUUCGGUUUUGCCGGUAGGAAUAUUAUAUUUAUUUAUUUAUUAUAAAAUCCGCCAUCAAAUAGCUUAACCUCACGCCUAUACCGUCCAAGCAAAUUUUAGAGAAUAAAUGACUGAAACUGUUUUGUUAGCCCUCUCAUUUGGGUGCUAACGCGUCUUCACUCGGAUAAGGUGGAAGUUUGCCGGUAUUUCCUGUUUACAUUGUUACCUGUCAAUGAUUGGCUUGAAAUUAUCUAAACGUCAUUAAAAGCGACACUAGUGCAAUUUACGCACUACCAGUAACGUUACAACUUAAGUUAUGGUGGUGCAACCAAAAUUUAGAACACCUUUAGUUUUACACUAGCUACGUCGAGCGUAGGGUUACGGCAGACUUUACACCCGAACUUACGAUCGGCUUUACGUUCUGCUGGUGCAACCGACUGCUGGCCCCACCGCCGAAACAGAAGCGGGCGCUGCGCACGCGCUUGCUCGCGCAACAGCACCAGUUUUCUACACUGCAGCAGACGGGGCCAUCUCGGCUGUGCCCCACCGAGCGGAACAGACGAGACGGAGCAACGAACUAUUUCACACACAACUACUACACUACAACAAUUGCGUUCAUCAAAUUAAAACUGCGGACAUGUAAUUAAUUAUUAACAAUUAAUGUAUUAUUAACUUAUGCUCAAUGACAUUUAAAAAAAAAAAAAAAAAGUAUAAUCGUGCCCUGCACGGCAGCGUUCUCUGGCCGUGCCCCACUGGUCCCUAAUGCAAAGACGCCACUGAUUGCAAGUAGAAAAAUAACAGGUAUGAUCAGGGGUUAUGCACACUAGGUUUAUCAACGUUUACAACAAGACCCAGGAUGUUUGUUCGGCUAAAUUGUGUUUUUUAUGUACGUAUGUUAUAUAUAUCAUCGAAAAACAAAUACAUGGUUGGUUUAUAUUUAAUUUUCCUUUGACAAGCAACUUAAUUCAUGUCAAAUAGUACUUGACUUGCAUCCAAGUAUAUAUAUAUAUAUAUAUAUAUAUAUAUAUAUAUAUAUAUAUAUAUAUAUAUAUACACAUGCUUUGCAUGUGCUGUCGCUCCCACUUGCAAGCUAACUGCAUUUGGACUUAAAUGAAUAAAUUAAUGAUCAUAAUUCUGAUCAACAGUUUGUUUAUUAUACAUGUUUUUGACAACAGAAUAUGUACCACAACUUGAUUAUUCAACAGGUUGUUGAAAUGUUUACUGGCUGGUAUUUAUAGGAGUGAUUCUAGGUUAUAGGCCACUAAUAGUAGAUUAUUGAUCAUGCGCUAUUUUUUUAUACUAAAAUUGUUAACUCAUCUGUUCUUUACGAUUUGUAUAAUAAAAAUCAGUUUUAGUAGAAAACAAUUAGAUGCAAUGCCAAUAUUUCAAACAAAGCUAAUAUUCUAGAUCAUGAAGGGAAUCUGCUUUCUGAAUGACCUGGUUCGACCCAACAUACAUCUAUUCUAAUCUAGGGAACUGGAGUUUGUUCAUAAAGCUAACUGCUAUACUAAGCUCGGGGUUUUUUCUUUUACACCAACCCACUGUGCAACCAAUCGCCUCCUGUCUAAACAAGCCCCGCCUUCUUCUUCAAAUCGCUCUGACGCCAUGCUGGCAGGCGUAGGAAGUCAGCGCGGUUGGUGCCCAACAGGUUUUCGAAGUCCACAUCGGAGAGGUACAUCUGGCAACAGACAAACAACACACUCAAAGAUUUACAAACAACACGAGAGUCUGGGCUACAUCUUAGAUGCAUUUUCCUUACAGCAUUUUAGGAUUGGAUAGCCUGACCCCUGAUGUUUGGUCGACCACUUUAGUGCUGUGCUACAGUGCUGUGCACUCUACUGGGGGUUGGACCCCUGGCCUCUUAGCAGCCACAGAGCCUUUCAUAGCGCACACCUCUCCACACAGGGCUGCAGCAGCCUGCCCUGGGUCCGUCUCGCUGCCACUGGGUUGGAGUUUGUGUUUGAUUCAGGGAUCCAAAAAUGACCCAGAUUCAAACUGAACCAGAUUCAUAACUGAUCCACAUUGAUAAUGGAUAACUGAUCGCAAUUCAUAACUCUAGCAAAGGUCCGUGCUACACACCACCUUGGUGGCUGCCGCACUCCACCUUUGACCUUUCUGGGUUUCUCCAAACACAAGGACGCAGGGUCAGGCUCGGACUGGUAAUCUGUGAUACCGGGCAUUUGCCAGAAGGGCCGGUCCACAUUUCGGCAUGCGAGGGCUGGCCCUCCUUCAAUCAUACCGGCCCCAAUACUGAUUAUACGACCGCCUUACUUACCUGACAAUACGGAUAACUCAAAGAGCCCAAGAAAGAACCUAACGUCAAAUUGUUACAAUGGUGCAUCCAGUAUAUAUAGCGCUUCCUUGUCAUGCACAUCUAUGUGACGGUUGGUAUAUGGUAUAAUUUUCUAUUUCUUCAAACUGUAAAAUCCUGUUUCUUCAAACUGUACAAUCAUUGCAACAAACUAAAUUAAAAUAAAACUAAAAUGCUUUCUUUAAACUAAACUACGA